AUCAGAACCAGAUUAUAUACACACUUGCUUGUCUAGCAUGUACUUUCCGUAUGAUACAAGUUGGAAUUUUCCGUAAUAAUCAAUAUUAGAAACGGAAAUACCUAUUUACCCGCAUCUGGAACAUGUAACAUCAAUCACAAUUGUUUAGUGAAUGGCGCAGCUGUAAAAUGCCUAAAAAGAUUAGAUUCACCGUUGUGUAUGUUACAAGUGAAGAAUCGAAGUACAAGUCGACAGAAUUAAAUAUUCACGCGCCUAUUGUGAAAGGCUGGCAAUCGGUAAAAGACUGUGAAUACCCUCAGGAGAUCAUACUGCAGUUGGAAAAACGAUGUAUCCUUAGCAAAGUCCAGCUUCUGGCACACCAGUUUUUGAUCCCAUCAAAAGUAGAACUAUUCGUUAACAAUGAAGAUACUAACACGGUGGAAGAUGUGGCUAACCUUUGCUGGGAUUAUUUGGGAUACAUCACUCUGUCUACCAAUGAAAGCACCGGAUUCAAGAGCAGGGAGUUGAAGUCCGCCAAUGUGCCCAAAACUGAAGUAACCUACGUCAAGAUCAAUUUACACAACAACCAUGUGAACGUUCACAACGUUUUCAAACAAGUUAGUAUCAUUGCAGUUAACAUUCUUGGUAUGGACAUAGAAACUAGAAGAUCAUCCGUUAGCGAAGAAAGCGAAGCUAGCAAAUUAAACGAUAUUAUGAAUAGUCCAGAGUAUUUUUCGCCUUAUGACGAUUUAGCGUUUAUUAUGUAUGUUGAUAGCGACAUUGCCAAAAUUAUUAGGGAUAUGGAAAUCAAAAAGCAUUUAGCUGUGAUAAAUGAGAGAUUCGAGUAUGCUAGAAAAUUGAAGAAUGCCAUGUCAAAACUGCGAACCGCUGGUGAGAAAUUAGUGAAGUAUGAAUUAGAGAAAAGGCAUGCAAUCGAGUUGGAGGAUUACGAACGAGCCAGUUUCAAAAAAACUCAAAUGGAACAGUUUAGGAACGAAGUAUAUGAGGAAGUUUGCCUUGAACAACUUAUGGAACAACAUGGGGUUUGUCCGAAAAAUGACGAAUCUUCAAUCGACGACAUCGAUAGCAACAAUCAAAAUAAGAAUCUUCUCUCUCCCGUCCUUUCCAAAAACCCGUCCGAUAGCCGCAGGGUAUCUUCACCUAAUCAAACAUCUCCAGCACAUCUACCGCGCCAUCAUAGUCCCAAAACUGGCUCGCCAAGCACCGGAAGUCCCACCAAUAUCCAAACGUCUAGAUCGGGCUCUUUUAGGAGAAGAAAUAAAUCCGUGGGAGCUAUUGUUAAAAGUACUUAUGAAAUGUACGAGGAGAAACCCUUGCCAGCUCUUAGACACUCACAAACAAAUGAGUUUCUCAGAGAAUGCCAGCUAGAACCCGAAUACAAAGUCACCUCAAAAUUAACAGAAAGAGAAAAGAAGCAGGCUGCAUUACCGAUUCUCGUUUUCGGGAAUGAUCUGGUAGAAAAAUUCUACUCGAAGCAUUAUUGUGAUAAAGAAGACGGCUUAAAUAGACUCAAAGAUGAACUGUUAGCCUAUGAUAGCUCUAAAAUGCAUGCACCAAAUAAGACUGCUAGAGCGGCUAUAUUUCUACUACAUCGCUCUUUAAGAGAUAAAGUUUUUUCUGUGUAUAGUUUGGCUAAUGAAGUCAUCAGAUUGUUUUUUGUACAGUUUGUUCCUGGAAGAGUUUCGUCGGCUGAAGUUGCUAGGAGUGUAGAUAAGCUUUUACCCGAAUUAUUAACAAAGUCUGGCGACACCAGCCAGAGAAUUAAUCAAAUGGCUGUGCAUACUAUACUGACUAUGGCUGACUGCAAAAGUGUAAGAGAUCUUCAUAUAAUUCCAGUGCAUUUAAGUAGACCAGUUAGUAGCAGCACUCAUCCUAGAUUAGCGCUAAGUAGAGCCGAAAUGGUUGAGCAGUUGAUCAUCAAUUAUGGUAUAUCUACAGAUAAACAGAGCGGGCUUACAUGUAGAACACUGUCUGAAUUUGGGUCUAGCGGGUUACACCACCCAGCAGAAGCUGUUAGGAAGGUAUCGGAAAGAAUACUUGUAUUGGUAUAUAAAGUGAAUUCAAGAUUAGUGAGGAAACAACUACCGCCUGACGAUGAUAUAACUAGAAGAAAUCUGUUGUACAGACAACUGUUUCACGAAUUUGAUAAGAUUGAUUUAUUGCGAAAAAAAGAAAUCCUAGAAAAGAACAAACUCUUGCAACAAACUCAGAUAGCUAACGAUUGCCUGAGUCCCGAACCGAAUUUCGGUGAUAUAAACAAAUGCAUGAGCACCUCAAUGAGAUCAGUUGUGAACGAUGUUAUAACCAAUCACCAAAAGUACUAUCAGCUGUCAAAGAGUGUCAGCGGAAGUAAUAUGCACACAAAUGGGACGAAUGCAAACGGAAGUCCGGGUUCUGCAAGCGGAAUUUCCUCGCCAAGUAAUAACAGUAACAACUCUCAGAAGGAGGAAGACGAAAAGCAAUGUAUCUUCUGUAAUCAACUAGAGAGUGUCAUUCUAUCGUCCAAUAACUCGAUGAACUCCCACUACUGGAGAUCGUGUCUAAUGCUGGUUCGUUGUAAGGAAUGCAGCCAAGUUGUGGAAGUAGCAUCACUGAUCGAACAUCUUUUGAUGGAAUGUGAACAUCGCGAGUCCUACACGCAAUGUUCGCGAUGUUCCGAGGCUGUUAAGCUGGAUGAAUUUCAAGGACAUCAGGAACAAUGCAUUGAAUUGUCAGAAAACUGCAACAAAUGCCCCCUUUGCCAUGGAAACAUAGAAUGUGAAGAGCAGUGCUGGAAGACUCAUUUGAUGGGAGAAAACCCAUGUCCAAAGAAUACGAGGUUCAAAAUGUAUCAGCAGAAACAGGUUAAAAUCCAAAUUUAAAGAUACUUCAUCUAUACGAGCACAAAUGUUCUGUUUAAAAUGUGAUUUCUCUGUUUUUAGACGUGAUAUUUUGUCCGUUUACACUAUUUUCAUGAAUAAAACUAAAGCUGUUGUGUGUAGAAUAUGACUUUUGAAAUUAAUGUUAUCUGAAAGCCGGCAUUCACGAUCGCUCCAAAUAACUUGAUGUCACGUGACUCCAUUCUUCAAGUGCUCUGUUUCUAUAUCGUGUUCAGUUUUUAGAAUAGCUGAGUAUUAGAUCCGAUUACCCAGAGUGGUUAUACAAAGAGAAGAGACAUACAAUGCGAAUAAAAUUAGAGAGAGAUAGAGAUGACACGAAAAAUACGGCGACUGCAAAACAGCUGAUGGCGUCUAAACAGGGCUGUUAUUAUUUAUUCGGUGAUAAAUGCGGUGUUGCCAGAUAAGUAAUGCUUUUGACCAUUACUUGUAGAGAACGCAUUUUUGUUCAAAUUUACUUUUGUUAGCAUAUUUAUUCAUGGUGGGGAUAUUGAGCAUCUACCCAAUAAAGUUAUAAAUCACACUUUUCGCGAGAGAAGCUAUUUUCGAAACAUGUUAUCACAUAGCUAUUUUACUUUAAGUUACAAACGAAGUGCGCAGCUUGAAAAUCAAAGAUUUUCUAACCUCAAAUAGCUUAUUUGACCGAUCGUCGGUCUGUUUGACAUGAUCGCUAGUUAUCUCGACUUUUCGACGUAGCCACCAAAAACCGUGACCAGAGCGGAACUACAUUCUGUUUAGUAUAAAUGUAGCGUUUUAUAACUAUUUUAUGGCAGCUUGGCAGCGCUGCUUCGGUAUAUAUAAUAUAGAGCCAUCUAUUAGCGAAUUGCCAAAAUGACGUCAUUAUUCGGUCACUUUUGGUCAGAAACGUCAUUGACUAAAAAAUGACGACUUUAUUGACGCCAUUUUUAUGUCUAUGUCUUAUUUUGUCGUCUUGUUAGGACAGUCAGUACAGGAAAUUAAUAAUAUUUCAUGUUCGGAUAUUUCAAAUCGCCAAUGUACAUCAUGCUUUAAUCCCGUGAAUAACACAUUUAUUCGAAAUUCCUCUGUAUAACAAUAAACAAUGAGAAUUUUAUCACAUAGCUAUUUAACUCUCAGGGUUCCACGCAGAAUACUACACGACUUUAGUUAGUUUAGUAACAACAGAAGUACGUCAGCUUCAAAGACAAAGAUUUCCUAAUCUCAAAACGUUUAUUUGACCAAUCUUCGGUCUAUUUGACAUAGUCCCCAGUUGUCUUCUUUUUGCUUAGUAUAAAUGUAGCAUUUUAUAAAUAUUUUUUGGCAUCUGGGCAACACCGCGUCGGUAUAUUCAGAGCCACCUACAAGCGAAUCGCUAAACCAAGGCCGGUCGGCACAUAGAUCGCUGUUUUUAUUUGUAAACUAGUAAUAGUUCAAGAGCUGACCGCUUACGACGCGUACUGAUAAGAAAUGUUAAAAACUAGUCAAAUCUUACGUAUCAUAUCAGUACGCGAUGAUGUAACAAAAAAAUUACGAUGGACUUACCUGCUAUAAUGCAGAUUAUAAAGGCGUUCUCUUGCUAUAACUACUCUUUGUGUAUAUUGUGCAGAGUGAUCUGGAUAUGUUCGUGCUAUAACUUUGGCAUGACGGAGCUAUCGUGAAUGGGUAGCUUCAGCUGCGUGAUGUCUGCAAUAAGGACACUUUUUAUUUUAACAGAUUUUAUAUUCACAUGUACUUCACAAUUCUGUGCAAUUCGAUGUUAUUUGUUUUGUUGAUAUCGUUAUACAAGAUUACAAAAUACAUAUUUUUAUGUAAAUCGCUAAAAGAUAC